UUUAAUAUUAUAAAGUUUAGUAUAAUAAGCAUCGAUUUUCUAUCAAUGAUUGCAUAUUGCUCGUGUAUGUUGCUUCAAAUUUUUCUAUACACAUUUUAUGGAAAUAAAUUGAUAGAGAAGAGUCAAUCAGUAGCAGACGCUGUAUAUAAUAGUGAUUGGUUAAAUGUUGAUUCUGCUCAAAGAAGAGAAUUGAAAUUCAUAAUGCAAAUUAGCUCUAAAGGAACUAUUUUGUCACAUCAUGGACAGUGUAUAUUAAAUUUAAAUACUUUUGUUUGGAUUGUUAAAGCAUCCUACACAGCAUUGAGUGUAUUAAGAAAUGGAACAAGUGCAUAAAAAAAUGUCUUUAAUACAUUUACUAAAAAAAAAUGUUA